CAAAUGUCAACUGUCAACACUUAUAGGUUAUGUCUUGGAAAAUAAAUAUUUGAAUUUCGGAGGAUGAGUGUUGUGUUAUAAUAUCUUAAAUUUACUGUAUUUGUAACACACGACGUUGUAAAAAAUUGAAUAAUGGCUACAAAUUAUGCAAAAUACGCACAGCUGAUAAACGCGUCUACGAACUACGCACGUCGUAUGCAGAGACUAUCCAACAGGAUCUUCGGAGAAGUCGCCAUUCCGACAAACUCCAAGUCUAUGAAGGUAGUUAGGAUAUUCUCCGAAAAACCGCUGCAUACUAAUGAAGAAAUCAUACACUAUUACCCGAAACAUGUUGAAACUAGUGCCUUGAUGUUGAAACUGAGAGAGUAUGGCUUAUUCAGAGACGAGCACCAAGACUUCAAGGAGGAAAUGAAGAGGCUGCGCGAGCUUCGCGGUAAAGUUAAAGUUUGGAAAAGAAAACUAGACCAAAACAAAGAGUUAAAUGUUCUGUAGAUACUUUGAAAUGUAGAGUUUAUGUUGUAAGAUAGCAAUAAAUAGUUUAAUUUAACUGUAA